AUGUCACUUACUACUGGUUGGAGCGAUGAAGAAGAAUCUGAUGAUGACCAAGGAAACAACAAUCAAGUCACUAACUUUGUAGCAUUCAGCAGCAAAGUUCCUCUGGACAGCUCAGAAUCAACUGUUGCUUCAACUGUUGCAACAGACUGUGAAACAGAAUCCAGGUAUGAAAAUAUGUGUUCUGAUUAUGAAAAAAAUCUAAACGAAAAUUCUUCUUUUGCAGAGGAUCCGAACAGCAGCAGUGAUGAGGAAGAACCAACCUUGGAUGAAGUAAAGGAGGUAUAUGAAAAAAUGUACCAAAAAUGGCUCGACGUCGUUAAGGUAAAUAACUUCCUGGAAAAGGAGAAGUUUGUGCUUGUAGAGGAAAACAAGACACUAAAGGUAAGAAUCUCUACUCUUGAGGAAAGGGUCAUAUCUAGUGAUCAAGAGAAAAAUAGUUUGCAGGCUAAACUUACUCAAACUCAAGAAGCAAUUGCAAAAUUGAACUUGGGUAGAGGUAAUCUAGAUGAAAUCUUAAGCAACAACAAGCCAAACUAUAAUCGUCUAGCCAUAGGAGGGAGUCAGCUACCCAAAGUUGAUCUAAAGCGAAAGGAAGAUCAAAACAGAAAAAUCAACUUUGUUAAACAAGCUUCUGUCUCACAAACAGUUGCAACUGUUGAAGCAACGAAACACAAUUCAAAGAAAAGGUUUAUUCCCACUUGUUUUUUCUGUCAAAAUCCAGGUCACAUACGUCCUAGAUGUUUCAAAUAUUUAAAACUUGUGAAAAAACUUGUGGCUCGUUCUCUUUACUCUGCUAGGGCUGAUUAUUUUCCUUCACCCUCUCAAAAACCCAAAAAUAAAAUUGAUAUUUCCAAUAGACCUCAGCAAAAAAUUUGGGUUGAAAAGUCCACGUUUAAAUGCUUAUCUGCGAUUACUUCUUUAAAAGCAAGUACUACUAAUGAUUGGUAUUUUGACAGUGGGUGUUCACGACAUAUGACCGGUGUUAAAGAGUUUCUGAAAAACUAUCAACAAAUCACCGGUGGAGCUGUUACCUUUGGAAACGGAAAAAAGGGUGAAGUGCUAGGGAAAGGAUCGCUAAAUCAUGAGAAUCUGCCAAAGCUGAAGAAUGUACUACUUGUAGAAGGACUCACGUCAAAUCUGAUAAGCAUCAGCCAGCUAUGUGAUCAAGAUCUUGAAGUCAGAUUCAACAAAUUCGCAUGUCGAGUAUUAGACAAAGACGAGAAUUGUGUUAUUCAAGGAACUCGAUCAUCUGACAACUGCUAUAUUCUUGUCUCUGCUGGACCACUGGAAGAGGAACCAACAAAGGAAUCGGAAAAUAGCUCCAGUGUCGCACCAACAGUUCCAACAGUUGAUGCAGCCUCUACCAAUUCAGAAGAAAGUGACGUCAAUUCUGAAACAGGAGACGAAGCUGAAGUCAGGCCUCUCGAAUUGGAUGAUCAAACUCACAAGGAACCCUCAAGAAGAGUCAAAAAGAAUCAUCCAGUGGAUCAAGUCAUUGGCCCGGUAGAAUAA